AUGGCCAUCAACAGCGGCUCAGAUGAUUCGGGUGGGCUGGGCGAAGGUUCUCAGAACUGCACUGUAUCCGUCUUAGACUUUGCUACCCCGCCAUCGCCGAAGCCGACUCAUCCGGGCGUCUCGGAUGCUGACCCCACUCCUCCGUCUCUGUCCUCCGAUGCUGGACGGGCCGGGCCGCACCGGAUUCCGGACCUUUACGUGGACCGUGUUAUCGGACGUGCAGAUAAAUCCUCCGCGUCGGUCAAGUUCAACACCAAGGGUGCUCAGUACAUGAGAGGAAAUGGCAUAUUCGUGUACUUUGAGCGCGUCCACCCUCGGUUUCCUUUCCUUGACCGCGCGGCUUUUGAAGCCACAGCUGCGAGCCAAGAUCAACCCCAAAUGGUCCCCAGAAGCAAAUCCUGGCAGUCAUUGUAUCAUACAGUUCUCGCCAUGGGAAGCCAGUACGACGGGGGAGGUAGCUUCGAACCGGGCCAAGGAGAGUCCUGGGAACUUUUCUCGGUAGCCUUAGCCAACUUCACGGACUUGAUGCUUCUUCCGGACUCACUCACGACCUUACAAGCCCUUACAGCAAUGACGGUGUACUCACUUGGUAUGGCUGGCAUCGGUCUAGACCAUAUCAUCAUGGCAGAGGCCGUGAGGAGGGCUCAAAACCUUGCAGAGGCGAGAUUCAAUAACUAUGCGACUCUAGCUUACCGGAAGACUUUCUGGGUUCUUUACGGCUUGGAGAAGAUCACCAGCUUUCAUCACGGCAGAAGCUCUGGCUUCGUCGACUGCGAUAUUUCUUGUCCUAUUCCCUACACUCCAGAGUCCAACUUUGGAGAUUUCAACUGGUUUGUCGCGUUCAUUCGUCACUCCCGACUUCUUUCGCGAGCAUACACAUCCUUGUUCUCUGUCGGUGUCUCCGACAACCCGGACGAAUAUUUCCUGGACAUCAUCAAUCAACUAACGGAGGAGCUCGAAGACUGGAGAGCCUCUAUUCCUGACAACGGCUUCAAGCCAGGCGGCGCGAUCAAGCCCACCGCGGUAACCUCCUCCUCUCAAGCUCAAGCGGUGGCAGUCGUCAUGCACUUCUUCUACAAUAGUUUCCUCCAGACCAUUUCCAGAAUGGCUCUCCGUCAUCUUCCAUCUUCGAACAUGCCACGACGAGAAGCUGUAUUAGCGACAGUCGAACGAACAUCUCGAUCUCUUCUGGAGUUGACGUCACUUAUAGACGUGGCUCCAUACACCCCAAUGUGGAUGCUUGCCGGUAUUCCCAUUUCCGGAUUCUUCGUCCUGUUCGAUCUUGUCAUUCACAAUCCCCGCCAACCCCAGGCCGUAUCCAACCUCGCAUUACUUGACAUAGUCGUUGGUCACUCCAGUCAGUUGGAGUACAUGUCGAAUGGCGUUAUUCCAGGAUCGUUAAUCGGGGAGUUCGCGCACAUCGCUCGUACCUACGUCCACGAAGUCAAUGGCCGGACUCCGACUGGCGGUACGCCGCAGUCAUCCGGCUCGAAUGGUUCACAAGGCCUGCUUCUGCAACCUCAUUGGUCGUUGCCGCAGGAAGACAUGCCGGAAAUGACACCGAUGGACAUGACGGGCGACUUCUCAGAUAUGAAUCUUGCAGGAGAGCCGGGUAUGCCCGGGUCAGCUGGUCCUAUGGAUAUCGAGGGUCUCCCCAUGGCUCCGAACACGUUCAUGGGCACUGACGUAAUGAACAUUUUCGGGUACGGGCUCGCCGACGUGGAAUCCCUGUUCUUUCUAGGCGGUGCGGCUCAGAACGACGUGCUGCAAGAUCCUGCGCAAGACGAUCGUCAUCUUGAUGCAAAUUUCUCACGAUGA